AUGAAAUCCUCUUCCAGGGUUCCAGACUCCUUCCCCCCUCGCACCGGCCCCGUCAUUGUCCACCCUGGCCUCGACCCCGACCUCUCCGUGCCGCCCUACAACCUCUGCGACCACAUCCUGGGCCCCGCUCGUCGGCUGGAUAGUCAUGGCCCCACUCUCAACCAGAACGUACGGAUUGACCAGGCCAUCGACGAGCUUGCAAAGCGCUUCCAGCCCGUAUGGAUCACCCAAUCCCCGCUCAGCUGCCGGCUCUCGCCCAAAACCGAGGCGCUUAUUUGGAUGCGGUUCCUGGACGGAGCCGGCAGGACGAAAGGCGCGCUCAAGGUGAUGAUUGCGCUGAAUCUACAUUCGUCGCAGCAGUUGCUGCCGGUGAUCACCAAUGCGAUCCUGACCUUGCUGCGAUACCUGGGGGCCGAGAACGUGUAUGUGUUGGAGACGAUCUGGAUGGGUGUUGACCGGAUCAAGCUGCUCUCGGAGUACCGCAACCAGGCGCUGUUGGCCUUCGACAAUGCUGACCGGGCCCUUGACGGGCUCUCCAACCUGGUCUUCAUCAACGACGUCUUCCUCUGUGCCCAGGACAUCCUUGAGCUGCUCUGGCAACGUCGCUUCCAGGGGGCGGACUCGGCGUGCGGGACCGACUGGUGGGAGGCCAAGACGCUACGGGAACAGUACGGCUCGCAGACCCCUCGCCGCCCGACGACGCCCGCUCGCACACCAGCCUAUGCCGAGGCGGCCUGUGCGCCAAUCGACUUCCCUAUUGCCCCCACUCUUGCAAUCCCGAUGGCAUUAGAGAAAGCAGGCUUGGAGUUCAAAGACAUGACGAAAAUCGAAAUCAAUGAAGCCUUUCCCGUCGUCGCCCUCGCCAGUAUGAAAAUCCUUGGAAUCAAAGCCGAAAAAGUCAAUGUCAACGGUGGAGCGGUCGCUUUGGGCCACCCUAUUGGCAGCAGUUGUUGUUGGAUUGUCGUCAGCUUGAUUAAUUCCUUGAAACCAGGCGAAUAUGGCGUGGCUGGAGUUUGCAAUGGAGGAGGAGCUGCUUCAGCGAUGGUCAUCCAAAGAUUAUGA